CUCAGCAUGUUGGAAACCCCACCUCCUUGACUUCUUCCUCAUUGCUUUACACUGGAAACGAAACGAAACAGAAAGUGUUUUCUGAUUGCUGGUCUGUGUAGGAGUGUGUGUAAAAUGGCUAAAGCCCCGACAAAAGAUCAGGAUUCCUUCAGCUGUCCGAUCUGCCUGGACCUGCUAAAGGAGCCGGUGACCAUUCCCUGUGGGCACAGCUACUGCAUGAGCUGCAUUCAGCACUGCUGGAAAGAGGACCAGCACCCGGACAGCGUCUACAGCUGCCCCCAGUGCAGACAGGCCUUCUCCCCAAGACCCGCCCUCAACAAGAGCACCAUCAUCGCCGAAAUGAUGGAGAAAAUGAAGAACGCCGGACUCCUGACCGCGCCGGCGGCUCCGCGAGGCACAGGCGAGGUGUCGUGUGAUGUCUGCGUUGGUACAAAGCUCCAGGCCGUGAAGUCCUGCCUGGUGUGCCUCGCCUCGUACUGCGAAACUCACCUCAGGCCUCACUAUCAGUCACCUGCCUUUCAGAAGCACACGCUGGUCUCAGCCUCCACCCAGCUCCAGCAGCAGAUCUGCCCACAUCACAGCAAACUGCUGGAGGCGUACUGCCGCACUGACCGCCGCUGCGUCUGCAUGCUGUGCAUCCUGGACGAACACAAGGGGCAUGAAGUUGUUUCUGCUGCCAAAGAAAUGGGCGAAAAACAGAAACAGCUGAUUGAUACUCAAAGCAAGUUCAAGCAGCAGAUUAAAGAAAGAGAGAAGGAGCUUCAGGAGCUGAAAGAAGCUGUACAGUCUUUUAAGCUCAGUACACAGGCUGCAGUGCAGGACAGUGAGCGGAUUUUCUCUGAGUUGAUUCGAUCCAUUGAGAAGACUCGCUCUGAGGUGACGCAGCUGAUUCGAGCCCGGGAGAAGGCAGUGGUGAGCCGGGCUGAAGAACUGCUGGUGUGGUUGGAGCAGGAGAUCACUGAGCUGAGGGGGAAAGACAAUGAGCUGGAGGAGCUUUUACACACAGAGAAUCAUAUCUAUACACUACAGGUAGAAAAUAUUGAUAUACAGUUUUUCCUACAUUAUAACAGAAUAGUUUAUAAAACGGGUUAUAAACAUGAAUGUGAAUAGUUAAUUUAGAAGUGAAUAAAAUAUAUAGCUUUUCACACAAUUACACUAGACCUUUAAAAUAUUUUUAGUGAUCAUCAGAUCACUGCCAGCAGGAAUAGCAAAUAACGAGAGUUUAAUAACAAAAAGCCAAAGAAAACAAAACAAACCAAAAAUAAAACAAAAACUGAAACAAUGAAGAAACACACAUUACAUAUAAUCAGGCAGAAACAAAGAAACAAAACAACCUGACUGACGAAAAACCCACAAGAACCGACAAGAGACAGUGAAACAAAGGGGCCAUAUAUACACGGAAGUGGACAGGAAACAGGAAACACUUAGGUACAUGUAACAAGGGGGCGGAGCUACAAAUGGACACAGGAGAG